CUAGUAUACCCCAAAACACAACGGGGCUUGUCUAACAGAUCUAGCUCCCCUCCGCUUCUUCUCUUCUCCUCACCCUCGUUAACUCUCCUGAGAAACAACCAGAACUUUUACUUACGUUCACACCCUCACAUCCUUCCAUAUACUUGCCAUUUCCAUUGAUUAACAUUCCUGUAACUAACCAAAUGCCGAGAAAAGGUAUGAGGAGCAUUUGCUUUUCUCCGAAAACGAUUUCUUUUUUAUCCUCACCUCGUUCUUCACCUUCAAGACUCUCUCUUCCACCAACUCCCCUUCGGAGUGAAUGGAUGGUUGAACAGAUCAUCGAAAAUGCCUCAUCGUUGAUCAUGAAAUGGAAUCCUGAGACAUCUGCCUACGCCAAUGUCACCUCUCUUUUUUAUGAGAACAGAAGAGAGGCCAUGCAGUUCAUUAAAUGCGUUAACGAUUUGCAGAAAGUUAUGCAUUCGAUAGUCUCUGAAGAUUCCACCCACUACAGACUCGUACAAGCACAGAAUCUAAUGCAAAUCGCCAUGAAGCGGCUUCAAAAGGAGUUUUAUCAGAUUCUUUCCAUGAACCGGGCUCAUCUUGACCCUGAGUCUAUGUCUACCAGAUCCUCUCGCACCUCUAGAUCCAGCAUCUCGGAUUUUGAAGAUGAUAUCUCACCUGAUGAUGAUGUUCGCGCUGCUAGUGAUUCGAUCUCCGAAGUUGAACAAGUUUCUUCCAUAGCCAUGGCAGACUUGAAAGCAAUUGCGGAGUGCAUGAGUGCAGCUGGGUAUGCUAAGGAGUGCGUAAACGUCUACAAAGUUGUUCGAAAAUCCAUUAUCGACGAAGGAAUUUAUCGCCUUGGGGUAGAAAGAAUAAGCUCCUCACGGAUCAACAAGAUGGACUGGGAAGCCCUUGACAUGAGAAUCAAGAACUGGUUAGAAGCAAUAAAAAUUGCAAUGAAAACACUCUUCUUCGGAGAGAGAUUUCUUUGCGACCACGUGUUUGCCGUCUCUGAAUCAAUCAGGGAGUCUUGUUUCAGCGAAAUAUCUAAAGAAGGAGCUACUCUUCUUUUCGGAUUCCCGGAACUUGUAGCCAAAAGCAAGAAACCAUCAUCAUCAGACAAAAUGUUUCGCGCACUUGACAUGUACACAGCAAUCUCCGAAAACUGGAUAGAGAUUGAGUCCAUCUUCUCAUUCGAGUCCACCUCUCCCGUGCGCACACAGGCUCUUUCUUCACUCGUCAAACUUAGCGAAUCCAUUUACUCAAUGCUUUCCGAUUUUGAAUCAAGUGUCCAAAAACACUCUUCAAAAGCAUUAGUCCCCGGCGGCGGAGUGCAUUCCUUAACAAGCAAUGCAAUGAACUAUCUAUCAUUACUCGCCGACUAUAGCAAUGUCCUUACAGAUAUUAUCUCCGACUGGCCGCCACCAACGAAACCAUCACUACCGGAAUCUUACUUCGACAGUCCAGAUUCUGAUGAUCCCCCGGCAGCAGCCAUCUCAACACGGUUUGCUUGGUUGGUUCUUUAUCUUUUAUGCAAGCUUGAUGGCAAAGCAAAAUAUUACAAAGAUGUGUCCCUCUCCUACCUUUUCUUAGCCAACAAUUUACAACAUGUAGUAUUCAAAGUCCGCACAUCAAAUCUUCAGUAUCUACUCGGUGAAGAUUGGAUUGUUAAACAUGAAGCUAAAGUGGGACAAUUUGCAGCAAAUUAUGAACGGUUAGCAUGGGGCAAAGUGUUUGCAUCAUUACCUGAGAAUCCAACGGCGGAGAUCUCGCCCGAGGAAGUUAAGGAGACUUUUAAGAGAUUUAAUAUCAGCUUUGAUGAGGCGUGCAGGAAGCAGAGUGCUUGUGUUGUAGCGGACCCCAAACUCCAGGACGAGAUUAAGGUUUCUAUAGGGAGAAAGAUAACUCCGGUUUAUCGCGAGUUUUAUGAGAAACAUCGGAGUAGUGUUGGAGGGCAGAGACGGGUUGGGGUAUUUGUCAAAUAUGCCCCUGAAGAUGUUGAGAAUUGCUUAUCGCAUUUGUUUUUCGGGACAGUUGAUUCGGGGAGUUCAGUGUCAACUUCCACAACAUCGUCUCGACAGCGGCAUCGUGCUUAAUUGGAAAUAUCAGAGAAUACUAUAUUGUUUUGUAUUUUUGGACGUAUAUAGUAUAUACGGUUUCCUUUUGUUUUUUUUACUUUUUAUGUAAAGAUACAUUACGGUUCAUAUUUAAAUAAUAAAGGAUUAUGUGCGCAACACCAAAAAUUUGAUAUGAAA